AUGGCGAGCGACGACGGCGGCGCGGCGUUUCGAGCGAAAUACGGUGAUCUCGCGCCCAAGCCGCGGUUGAUCUCGAGAGACGUGAAACACUUUGAUUCGGCGGAUUGGGCGAUGCGGAAGUCGUUGGACCGCGCGCGCGGGGGAAGCGGGGACGUGGGGGGUGAGGGACAGAAGAGGGACGCGACCGCGACGGAGGAUAGUGCGUUGAGGUUGAGUGCGGGUGAAGAGGGCGCGCGGGCGAGCGUGACGACGAGCGGGAACGUGGGGAAGGCGUGA